AUUCCCUUCCGCUGCUAUCGACUGACAUACCAGCAGCGGAUCAUUGUUUAUAUGCUAUGUUCCAUAAUUACUGACACUGCACGCAUCUAUGGCCUACCCGAUCCUCAUAUGUACUACAAGCCAGUUGAGUCGUGGAUCGCUGAUGCGUUUGUGUGCCAUUUAUUCAAUGGUCCAAGUCGGUCCAUUAGCCGUACUUCCUGAUCCACCUGUUUGUCAGGUAGCGCUCAUUCUGCUGCGCCACGGAGACUUUUGAGUCACGCCGAACCACACAAUGGCAGGACUUUGACGUAUUUCUUUUUUGGGGGACGUUUUGUGUGGAUGUUACUUUGAACUCCUAAAAUGCCUCGAAUGUGCCAAAGGACUCGCUCGCUCCAAGUCGUCUUGCUGUUCCAUUUGCUCGUUUUCUUCGCUCCUUCACUGGUCUUCUCCAUCACAGUGAGUUCUCCAGCAGAGCUGCAUGCAUCCAAAGGAGACACCGUCACACUGUCCUGCACUUUCACUUCCACCAGCCGACCCACUAGCAAGAUGACUGUCGACUGGUCCUAUAGACCCCAGACUGGAGGGCCGCCACAGACGUUCUUCCACUUCUCUUCUCGUACCUUCCCUCCUCUGGAGGGCCAGUUCGGUGGGCGUGUUAAGUGGCGAGGAAGCCCGGCAAGGGGGGAAGCCUCCAUCUCUCUGAUCAAUUCGACACUGAAUGAUAAUGGAACCUACACAUGCUCAGUCAGAAAUCCCCCAGAUGUCCACGGGAACCCAAACUCCCACACAGUACUCACUGUCACUCCCAGUGCACCCAGUGUUCGCUUCUCGGAUGUUACAUUCCUCCUCGUUUUCAUCCUCGUCCCUUCUACCAUCAUUGCCCUUAUUCUGAUUGGUCGGAUGCUCUGGCCCAAGAGAGAGCGCAGCCAAUCCAAGGGCUACAGAUCAUCCAUAGAGGUUGCCGAUGGAGUGGAGUAUGACAACGACCGAAUGGGGGGCAAAGACACAAGGAUCACAUGCUGUGACAUAUCCCUGACGGACUCUGAGAGUGAGUAUGAGUACCACAACGUGAAAGAGAACACACCUACUGCUGAAGGUUAUGCUGAGUCUCAGUGCUAGAGAACCUUGCUCGCUUGUAGAUGUUAAGGCCUGCCGGUGCCUUUUAUAGGCUUUGUACAGAAUGGAAAUCAAUGGUGAAUUAAUGUACGUGUCAACCUCUCAGCAGGGCAGUUUGGUAACGAGGUGCAUGUGAUGUCGUGAAGGAGAUAUAUUUUGUCUAAUUUAUUGCUUCUGUCAUAGCAGCUGCUGUCUUAUUUGGUUGUCAUAUUUUUUGGUAGUGAAAUAAAGAUUAUGAUUUUCAAUGUCGCUUAAUAUUAUGACUGUACAUAAUGUGUAUAUAUAAAUAGGAUGUCGCUUUAAUUUUUUGAAAUUAUGAUUUUUUUUGGGGAUGAAAAUGUCCUUUUCAGAUUUAUAUUUUAGAAACUUUUGCAACAGUACAUUUUUACUGACCGCAUGAUUUUCACUUAAUGAAGAAAUCAGGCUGACUUUUGGGUGAGAUGCCUUGCCAAACUCGGUAAUUAGGACGUAUGAAUAGUCAGUCUGUUGGUAAAGCUAAUUGCAUACAGCAGCAGUUUCCUCCUCUUUCUGAUUGUUCUGUCGAACUAUUCAUGAAUGGAAACUCUUUCAAUAUUCAUGACUGUUCGUAUUUCUUUAAAAACUCUGAAGGACAGGCUGGAGUUGUAUGACAGAGUGAUUGUAAAGGUGUAGUAAUAAAACUGUAGAAAAAAAAAACACGCAAAAAGCAAUAAUAA